AUGGCGCGUGAUUUCAAUCUGAUUGUGGUAGCAGAUGAAGUUUACGAAUGGCAUGUAUGGAAUAAGAAGAUGAUUCGCUUCGCUAGUCUUCCUGGAAUGUAUGAUCGAACAAUUUCAAUUGGCAGUGCAGGAAAAGCGUUCUCUGUAACAGGAUGGAAGUUGGGUUGGUGUGUUGGUCCAGAACAUCUCUUGACUCCACUGAAGAGAAACACAUUGAAUAAAUGUUCAGAGGAUACACCAGAACUGUGUCUUUCACAUGCAGUACUCCAACCCAAGAGGCUCUCGCGUGCGCCUUUGAAAAAGAGUUGGCUUGUUUUAUUUAAAUCUGAUCCAAGUCGUUCCUACCUCUUAACUGGUCUCCCUACCGAGCUUGGAAUCAAAUGUGAUAAGAUGUAUAAGAUGAUGUAUGAUGCCGGUUUUGAACCGAUUCGUCCUGAGGCGGGAUACUUCAUGUUGGCUCAAUUCGGAAAGCUAGACGGACCAUUCAAAAAGGCAGAUUCAACAAACGAUCCUCUCGACUUUCGAUUUGCUAGGUGGCUCUGCCGUGAGAAGAAGCUUGCUGUUAUCCCUCCAUCAGCCUUCUAUAGCGAUGAGUACAAGGCAACGAAUGAAACUAUGAUUCGUCUUUGCUUCAUGAAAGAUGAUAAAAACCCUAGAGGCAGCGCGGUCGGUAUUGGAAGCUUUAAAAUAAAUUGUUGUAGAGUUUUAUGA